GUUGAAUCACAGCAGUAAUAAUUUUGGGGCAUUCAAGUAUAUCCUGGGUGGUUUUACAGUCUGGUCAUAAAUACAUGACGGAAGUUCAAUUUCCAGGUUGUUGAACUGCAUUUGAAGAUAUCCGAAGAAGAAUUGCUCUUUUCUUUGUUUUACAAUCUCGCGAUAUCUUGACACCGUCAAACUCCCCCCAUGAUCCUUUGCGUGUUCUCUUUCUACCCGGCGCGUUAGAAUGGGUAUCUCUAGGGACAACUGGCAUAAACGCCGCAAGACCGGCGGCAAACGGAAGCCCUACCACAAGAAGAGGAAGUAUGAGCUGGGUCGUCCUCCCGCAAACACCAAGAUUGGACCCCGUCGUAUUCACACGGUGAGGACCCGCGGCGGCAACAAGAAGUACCGUGCUCUGAGGGUCGACGUGGGUAACUUCUCCUGGGGCUCUGAGUGCUGCACUCGUAAAACCAGGAUCAUCGACGUCGUGUACAACGCCUCUAACAACGAGUUGGUGAGAACCAAGACCUUGGUGAAGAACUGCAUCGUUCUCGUCGACAGCCUGCCUUACAGGCAGUGGUAUGAGGCCCACUUCGCCACUCCUCUGGGACGCAAGAAGGGAGCCAAGCUUACUCCAGAGGAGGAGGAGGUGAUCAACAAGAAGAGGUCGAAGAAGAUUCAGAAGAAGUUUGACGAGCGUAAGAAGAACUGCAAGAUCAGCGCUCUCCUGGAGGAACAGUUCAUGCAGGGGAAACUCCUCGCCUGCAUUGCCUCCAAGCCCGGCCAGUGCGGCAGGGUGGAUGGCUACGUGUUGGAAGGCAAGGAGCUGGAGUUUUACCUGAGGAAGAUAAAGGCCAAGAAGGGCAAAUAGAUCCGCUGUUUCAUACUACCACGUCAAUAAAAACACAAAUCCCA